AUGUCUGCGCCGCUCGCCGAGGGGUCGGACGCGAAGCUGCCCCUCGGCCAGUGCACGCCGCUGUCCCAAGCGAGCACCGCGCCGUCGACCCCCGCGCUCUGCCCGCUGGCCGAGCCGCCGUGCGAGCAGCCAGGGCCGAAGAAGCCGCCGCGCGCGGAACCCGGAGCCCGCGGGCUCACAGCAGCAGCCGCCGCCGGGUUCCAGCCCGCGCGCCCCUUGCCGCGCCAGGGCUCGGAGGACGGGCUCCCCGCCAGCCCGGGCCACCCUGGAGGAGGCACUCGAGGACCGAGGCUCUCGAGGAGGUCAGGGGCUUGGUCAGCGAGAAGUUCGGCCUCGACGCCGUGGAGGAGAGAGUGUCCGACGUCGAGGCGGCCGCGUCCGAGGCUAGCAGCAGCGAGGAGGAGGAUGAGGAGGAGGAGCUGCUCGACACCUUCGACCUCGCGGGCGUGGCGCGCUACAUCCAGGAGUGUGGUGUGA